AGGAAGCAGCAGCUGCGGCUUGAGCGGAGGAGGCGCAUGGAGGACCGUGAGCGGUUCAGACGCGAGAGAGAGUCGUUGGAAGUCAUGGGGAAGCCUUCCGUGUCCUUCGAGCAGGAUGAUGAUGCGGAUGAAGAGCCAGACUUGCACGCUCUCAAGGCCAUGCAGGCUGGGCAGGAGAUUCGGCUGAGGCCCAAGAACAUUCCAGCUGGAUCCUACGAGGCAGAGGAGGAUGGAGCAGACGACAUGGGGGGCGACGCCUCUGAUCGCAACCUCCCGGAGAAAGCUCCUCAGCCGAUGGCGAGGAAGAAGUCGACGGAGCUGCUGGAGCUCUCCAAGGACGAGCUCCGAGCGAUGGCGGCUGAGGACGAGACGACGGCAUGGAAGUCAGCCUACUCCAAGGUGCGACAUGGCAAGAAGUCCGAGCUGAUAGCCCUGCUGGACUCGGGCUGUCCGGUGGACCUCAAAGAUCCAGCUGGGAACACUCUUCUUAACAUCGCAGCUCAGAACGGCCACAAGUCCAUCAUCAAGGCUCUGCUGAGGCGAGGGGCCGCGCUGAACACGCAGAAUCAUAAUGGGCAGACUCCACUGCAUUUUUGCUUCACGUAUGGCUACACGGACCUUGGAAACUAUCUCAUCUCCAAGGGGGCUGACGAUACUGUGCAGAACUUUGCUGGGUUGACAUGUUACGAAGGGCUCGGAGAGGGCUGAGGUUGUAAAUACCAACAGAAGUUUGACGCUCGUAAAGAAUAUAUUCACAUUCACAUU